CUGACAGGGAGUAGUGCAGCUGUCAGCCUUAUUCAGUGCUGUUGAUGGAGGGAAAAAGAUAAAAGCACGGAGACCUGUAACUGCACCAGAUAAGAUGCUGGAGAGUCCUGGCUCUAGACUCUGCACAAGGUGGGCAGCAGAUGAGAUGGUAAAGGGGGGAUGAAGGUUAAAAUUCGACCGGUCAUAAUGUAUGUAUGUAUCUGCUAACAAUAUGUUCAGAGAUCAGCCAAUAUACAAUAGGGAGAGCCAGGCCUCUUUUGACAUCAGUUCUGGAUAUUUUCCCCAAAUGAUACUGAUACAAUAGAUGGGAGGUGACAAAUACCAGUUGGGGAUUUCAUAGGCUGAUGUCGGAUCCUGGUACCUAGUACUGAAGGCCACAGGAGCAUUGUGGUGGGGUGGCUGGGUCAGAGGAGAGAAUAAUACUGUUAAAAACUGGUGCUACCUAAUCUGAGCUUUCCCUGUGACGUGUCAUUCCAGGGUAGUCUCUGGCUCACGUGUGAAUAAGACCCAUAAAGAACUCAGCCACGUGACCAUGUCACACGUUUGCUGGUAGGUGGAAUGGGACAGUCAUGAAUGGUGAUGCCCUUUGCCAAGAAUCUUCCUCCCAGCUUCCUGACUGGAGGGAAUUCUGUGAGCUCCAUGCCCAGGCGGCUGCAGUGGACUUUGCUCAGAAGUUCUGCCAGUUCCUGAAGGAGAAUCCCCACUACGACACCCCCGGGGCCGAGACCUCCUUUUCCCAUCACUUUGCUGCCAAUUUCUUGGACAUCUUCAGCUUGGAGGUCAGCAGGGUGUUUGUGUCUGACUCCCCGACCAAAUACAACAUCGUGCCCUUUGUGGGGCUGCAGAACUGCCACAUGCCUUAUGGGAGAGACAUCAUACAGCGGAAAGAGGAGACCUCCACAGAAUCCUUGGACAGCAUGGACAACCCAGUCAGCUCCAGCAGGUAUCUGAGCCAGUCGCAGCAGGCUCAAGCACACAAAGUUUCUUCCUAUGGCCACUCUCGCAGCUCAGAGGACGUGUCUGUACAUGCUACCUCCAAGCCGAAGUUCAAGAAAGGCUUCUCCUUGAGGAACAUGAGCUUGUGUGUGGUGGAUGGUAUGAAGGAGAUGUGGCACAGGAAAUCUUCUCCAGAGCCAGGCAUAGAGGCUACACAGAGCAGCAGGAGGUCAGACAAAGAGCACUGCCCUUCUGGGAACAAGGAGCAUAACGACACCAGGGAGAAGUGGACGCACAAGCUGCGGCUGUCGAAGGUGCAAUCUUCCAAGGUGGAAUUGGUGGACAUUCAGAGGGAGGGCACCCUCCGCUACAUGGUUGCAGAUGACACGAACUGCGUGGGUAGCUCUCAGUGGCAGAAGUGUCGGCUGAUGUUAAGGAAAGCAGUGAAGAUGGAGGGGGAGAGGUUUUUGCUGGAGUUCUACGUACCGCCAAAGGCUUCGAAGCCGAAGGUCAGCAUCCCGCUUUCAGCCAUCAUCGAAGUCCGGACGACAAUGCCUCUAGAAAUGCCAGACAAAGACAACACUUUUGUCCUGAAGGUGGAAAAUGGUGCUGAAUAUAUCUUGGAAACCAUUGACUCUCUCCAGAAACACUCCUGGGUUGCAGAUAUACAGGACUGCAUCGAUCCUGGGGACAGCGGAGAUGAUAUUGAACUUGCCUCCUGUGCCCAGGGAGCCUGUCUGCCAGGCAGGAUGUCCUCCUGCAGCUGUGAAUUCCUGUCUGAUGACAUGCACAGGCCUCCAGACAGAUGUACCAUGCCUCCCCUCCACAAUGCUGCCCCACCUGCUGCCACAGCCACCAUCAUCUCAGGACCACACAGCAGGGUCAGGGACUCCUCAGGGGAGCAUCUGACUCACGUUCCACUGGAGAACUUCCUGCAGACUCUGGAGUCGCCAGCCACCAGCAGUCAUCUAACAGGUGAUGAAAGUGAGACAGAAGUGGAAAUCAACCUCUCUGAUUUCCCCUGGUUCCAUGGGACACUGUCACGGAUUAAAGCUGCCCAGCUGGUGCUCUUCGGGGGUGCUAGGAGCCACGGUCUGUUUGUCAUUCGGCAGAGUGAGACUCGCCCGGGCGAGUACGUGCUGACCUUUAACUUCCAGGGAAAAGCAAAGCAUCUACGGCUCUCCCUGAAUGAGAACGGCCAGUGCCACGUCCAGCACCUCUGGUUCCAGACCAUUUUCGACAUGCUGCGGCACUUCCACACUCACCCCAUCCCCUUGGAGUCCGGCGGUUCUGCUGACAUUACUCUCCGCAGCUACGUGGUGGCACAGAGCCCCCUGCCUGUGUUUUCCCCAGUGAGGCAGGUUUUCUCCCAUCCCCGGAGCAGAUGGCAUGGAGUCCAGCCUAUCAAGACCCCUGGAUCUAUCACAGAGAGCUCUGUGCUAUCACCAGUACCCCUCACUGCCAUGAUCCCUCAGAUGGUGACAGGAACCUUCACCAGCUGCUGUCUUCUCACCCCAACCUCCUGCCACAGCAGAAAGCACCCUGUUUCACUGAGCUGGAAGCAUCUGUGGUGGACAUUGCUUUGGUGGCCUGAGACUGGCCCCUCCCAGGCCAUUGCUUCUCAGCAGCCCAGCUGCAGGCAUGACCUCCCAUCCCAACACUACUUCUCCAGCUUUGUGCCAGGCGCCUUCCAGCCUGCAUCCCCCUCAGAGGGUGCUAUUGCCUCUUCCUCCUCCUCUUCCUCCAGCCACCCAUCAUACCACCGGAUGGAGGGGACCUUAAACACCCGGAGCCGCAGCAACAGUGUCGAGCGCCUGCUGGAGUCGCCCAGCGUGAGCACAGAGGACUAUCAUGAGAGCGAUGGCUCGCGCAACAGGACCAGGGCGGUUGAGAAUCAAUAUUCUUUCUAUUGAACACUUGUGGACUGGAGUCAAAGCCUCUGUUUGCGGUUUUUUCCCAUGGAGCCACUGCUUGUGGGAAUGCUCAUGCUGUUAGCAAUGAGCUGGCCUCCUUGGCUCUCUCUCCAAUGUCUCCCCCACAGUGGAUGUUUACAUAUCGUCAAGGCCCAAAGCCUUGGGCCAGCCCCAUUCUGGACCUCCUCUCUGGUGUUCCCCUUGCCUUAGAGUCUCCAGCUCCUUCCGCCACCAGCAACAGACAGAGGCCAUUCUCUCCUUUCUUGUGUGCGCUGAGAUAUGGGUGACAUGCAACCGCCAGCGACUGUGGAAGCUCACUGCUGCUGAAUCUCACCAUGUCGGAGACCCCUACCAAACACCUGCACUGCUUCAUUGUGCUCGAAACCUGGAUGGCUGAAGAUAUCAGUGCCAUUAUGGAGCCUGUUUUAGGGCCAUCAUUGCCCUCCAAGAGCUUUUGACUGCUUGUGCUGUAUGCCCCUUUCUUCCUGGCCAGGGUGGCUCCUCCACCAAUCUGACUGAGACAUUCCCCUUUCCAUUUGAGUCUAGUAACUGCAAUGAUUCUCCUGGAAUAGGACUUUAUGGCUUUGAUUUAUACUGCUCUUGCUUUGUGCUCUCUAUGGCUGAUGCGCCUACAUGGGUCUCCAUGAUAGAUAGAGACAUGUUCCCACUGCAGCCUAGGUCACCUCAAACCAUUACUUUUCUUGGGGGAUGGUUACCUUGAGUUCUGCAAACAAACCACUGCAGGGCAGUAAUGGCUUAAAGUGGCCUUAUGAGUGACACAUCUCUCUGAGCCAGCUGGCAGGGAACACCCACCCACACACUCCUUGGAGCCAUGAUGGAAAGGUCCUGCCAGACUAGCUAGCCCCAGUCUGUUGCUAUGGCAGGAGUGUCCACUGCAGAGAACUUAACUGAAGAACUGACCCAUUCCUUUUCCUCCUUAGUUUUAAGUCUCCAGUCACUUGCAAGGCAUGAUACUGUCAUCCUGCCCUUGCCAUCUCUUAGGGCAGUCAUCUUGAGGGCACCGCUGAGAAGCACAGCCCUGCUCACCCACCCCUGGUUGGCACAUGCCAAACCGGGGAAUGGGACAGUGAGGCUAUCUCGCAGGAUGGAGACGGAGAGCUCAAGAAUGAUAGUGGGGGCAUUCCCAGAGCAGCUUACUUGCCUCAUUCCUGGGUUCAGUGCAUAUAGAGUAGGUGGCAGGGCUGCGCUUCUCAACAGCAUUCUCUAGAGCACCAUGGAAACAGUACAGAUGUGUAUCCUUCACUGGCUUAAAUCCGUGUGGCCUGUUGAUACAGAAUUUUCCCUCGGUCCCUUUCAGGCUACUGAUGAUGAUUUUUUUGCUGCUCUUUUGUGGACUCCCUCCAAGCUGGCCAGCAGUUUCCUGGUAACACCAGUGUGAGUGCCAGUGUGCAUGUGUCUCAUUCAUGUUUGUACACCCAUAUGGAAGUCCCUGGCUGCAUCCCAAUUCUAGCUCUUGGCUCUCCAUUUUACUCUCCUUGCUAGCAGGAGCCUACUCUAAGUGCACUAUCUGAGUGAGGUGGCUGCUUCUAAAUACCCCAGCUUUUAAGGACAAAUCUUUUUGUGGGUUGUUUUUUUGUUUGUUUGUUUGGUUUUUAAAUCUCCUUAGCCCCAAAGUGGCAAGUGUAGCUACUAAUUUUGGGUACUUAAUUUAUUAUAUCACCUACUGGCAACACCCCUGGAGCCUCAUUUUUGGAGGUAUGAAAAUUAAGGCAUCCAAAGCCAGUGCUUGCUUUUAAAAAUGCUGUCCAUGACACCUAAUUGCCUGAGGAGAGAGAACCAGAGAGAGGAGAGGCCUGUUCCCUGCUGCAUCUAAAGACAGACCAACUGAGGGGCACAAUGAAUAUGGGUUGUUCACACUGGAAGUUGAGUAACAUUCCUCCCUGAGUGUCUGUCCAAGGCAGCAUAUAAGACCUGUCUGGGCCACAUAUAUUUUGUACUGCUAUAACUACAGGAAACCCUCACUAUUCGUGGGUUCGGCAUUCAGGGUUUCAAAUAUUUGCAAAUGCUUAACCCACUUCUUAAAUACACUUAAGGGAGCUCCUUGGAAGCUGCGUGCCUGCUGCUGCCAGGCUCCCAUCGCUGCUGCGCUCCCACCGUUGCCAGAGCAGCCAUGCCCCUGCUCCCCCAGCUGCUGGGGGCACCGAGUUCAUGAAUGCAGACGGCGUUCAUGAACUCAGUGCCUUAUUCGUGGAUUUCACCAUUCGUGGGGGAUAUGAGAACAUAUCCCCUACGGAUGGUGAGGGUCACCUAUAUAUGGGAAAGGGGGGUAAUUUUGUAGUUCAAUUGGAGUAGCUGGACAAGAACAACCCCUAGUGUAGUUCAGUAAAAUGUGGCUUUUACUGGUAGAACGAUUCCUAUUUGGGAAGGGCAAUAAGCCAAAUCAGUAUAAGGCCUCUUUAUACCAGCAGCCCUGCAUCCACACCCUAAGGCCAGACCCUUCUGCCUUCAUAGCUCUGUCAGUCAAGUGUGCAAAAAGGAGUGAUUCUUGACUGACGCAGCAGAAGCCCCAAGUGUCACUGUAGUUAUGCUAGCGAAACAACACUUAUAGCAGUAUAGUUUGUUCUGUGUAUGUGUGCGAGGGGUAGUUGUACUGUAUCUGUGUAGAGUGCAACUCUGUUGGGAUGAGCUGUGUCCAUAUGAGGAGCACUUGGUGCAUGAGUAUUCUGCACUGGUAAGUCCCCUCUUUGGCUUUAGUUAUGUAACAGCCAUUGCUGUGAUCACCCGAAUCUUUCCCCAGCUUCUUGGGUGGGUUCUGCAGCCAGCAGCAAGCCCUGUGCUACAAUAGUGCUGCUGCGGGUAGUACCCAAGCUGACUAAUGGAAAGCUAGCACAGCUUGGCCUACAUGAGUAGCAACCACAAUAGACUGCAGCAUAGACAUAGUACGAGGUUUAUGCCUCAGCAAAACCAGAGCUCCACAUCAAGGCCCUCAAGUAAAGGCUCGCUUGCUUUCUUUGCUUUCUUUUUUUUGUGUGUGCGUGUGCCUUCUUUCAUGAGCCAAGAGCAUGUCCCCUCAUCUUUUCCCUUAGUUCCACCUCUCCCACCUUUGUAAAGGCCAAGGAGGUGGCUUCUGAGCCAGCUGCCUGCCUUCUGAACCACAAGGGUUGUGCUUCUGAAGCAUGGCAGGUUGGCAUGCCAUGCAGACACCCCUGCCCCAGAACACCCAAGUGUUGCCUGUCCACUGGUGCCUGCAGCUGCUCCUGCUGUCAGAAUUCAGAGGGGACACUGGAGGUGGUUUUUUGUUUGAUUUGGGUUUUUGUUUUUAAUUGUGCACCACAACUGCCCAGCCUGGGAAUGAGCGAUUAUAUGAAGAAGUCUGUGCAAUAUCCAGAAGCGUGGUACUGUGUGCUACAGGGAGAGGCAGUUUCCUCAGUGAGUGAAUCUGAUAGAGACCUGCUCUGUAUGCACACAAGGAACCGAUUUAGGAGUAUCCAGAUAUCGCACAGCCACUGCCAUAUUGAUCUUGGAAGAGGCUCAGCAGCUCCUGGGAUAGAGGGGAAGUGUUGCUUUGAAGACUUCCCUGUGUUGGCUGCUUUAUUUGCCCCUUUCAGGUCAGCAGGGACAGAGAACGGGGAUAUGAAUGAUCAACAAGCAAAACUGUUAAUUUGUAAAUAUGGAAAGAUCUGGAGAAGUCUAAUGUUCUGUAGAAUAAAUUAAUUUUAUUUAAGAAAAAAACCCUGCUUGUAAAACAAAUGGGGAAACUGUUCCAGUUUUGAAAUAAAAGCACUUGAAACAGGA